UAGCCCGAAUAACCGCUUCCACCGAUACGGUAGCCUUCCCUCCAAAUUCACUGUUUUCAUCUUCGUCCUCUCACUCGUCAUCCCUAAAUCAAGUUAGCUUCAAUGGCCGCUCUUACGUCCUCCUUCCGCUGCUGCGACAGCACUAUCGGUAACAACCAUUAUCCCACUGCAUCUUCCGCAACCGUCGCCGCCAACGCCGCCGUCGUUUUCCCCGGCCUAGCUCACUUCCCUGAGAAAGCUCUUCAGUCCUCGUCGCCUCCGCGACCCCGGCGAAUUAUCCUGGUAAGACAUGGGGAGAGCGAAGGCAAUAUCGAUGAGAGCGUCUACACUCGGGUCCCCGACCCGCGGAUCGGCCUCACGGCCAAGGGCUGGAGCCAAGCGCUAGACUGCGGGCGUCAAAUCCAUGAUAUCGCUUCAUCCGGUAACGUGAAAGACUGGAAGGUAUACUUCUACGUUUCGCCCUAUCUCCGGACCCUCGAGACGCUCCGCGGCAUUGGUAAGGCCUUCGACCGCUCCAACAUCGUUGGCAUCAGGGAGGAGCCUCGCCUCCGCGAGCAAGAUUUCGGGAAUUUUCAGGACAGGGAGAAGAUGCGAGUUGAGAAAGAAAUUCGACUACGCUAUGGCCGUUUUUUUUACCGGUUUCCUAAUGGAGAGUCAGCAGCUGAUGUAUAUGAUCGCAUUACAGGCUUUAGGGAGACACUUAAGGCUGAUAUUGACUUCGGACGUUUCCAGCCACCUGGUCAACAGAAUCCGAACAUGAACAUAGUGAUUGUUUCGCAUGGCUUGACAUUAAGAGUUUUUUUGAUGAGAUGGUAUAAGUGGACAGUAGAGCAGUUUGAAGGUCUCAACAAUUUUGACAAUGGUGGAUUGUUAGUUAUGCAGACCGGUUUUGGAGGGAGGGUGCUUCCUUUUUUGUUCUUGUAUGUGAUCAUGCAUAAUCUACUGGGCUGUUGAAAUGAUGAACAGUGCUUAUAGCCAAAGUUCAAGACGUUUAAGGUUGACGAUGUACUAAUUUAUUUCUAGAAUUGUUGGAAGUUGAGAAAUCCGAGUCAUUCUAUAAGCUAAUUCAGCCAAAAGGAAAAAAACAAGUUGUAGCUCCUAUCUCUACCCCUUGCUUCCAAUUUGUUUCCACUGUAAGACGGAAGAUUUAAAAAUGUGUAGUAUCUUCUAAUUCUUGAGUGCUUAUUUGGGAUAGAAAUUUUCUUAAGAAAACGGAUACUACAUUCUGCGGGGAAAAUUAUGUAAAUGACUGAAUAUUGGAUUGUUAUAUAUGCUAAUACAUUGUUUGUC